AGUCAAAGAUUACCUGUAUCUUUAAUUUCAACAACCCAGAUUCCUUGGGAUUUCCUACAGCAAGGGUAUUGCCAUAAUUCCAGAACUGGAAAGAUAAAUGCAUUGAGUUCAUUCACACAACACAACAUGGUUACUGAAUUUGCCCGUACUGUGAGUUUGCACAAUAUACCGCUGUCUAACUGUCUUAUAACCUGAUCACUUCCCAUUCCAGCCAAGCUUAACAUAUCAAACGAACACAGCCAUCGCUAAAUUUUCUUUCAAGCCGGUUGUGCAGACAUCCCUUUGAGAAUGCGCUCUGUACAUGCUCAGGACCUCCUUCUUGCUCUGGACACGGAAGAUCCUCCCAUCGAGUUUGGUCUCAACGACGCGUGGGGCAGAGUGAGAAGAGCCGCUGCGAGGGCGCCGAUCCCUCUUCCGGCCCUCCGCCGGUGCUUUGCCACAGGGGCGUGACAGCGGGUGCAGCUUCUCCAACUCAAGGUUUCUGCCUGGCUGCGCGGCGGCUCAACCUGCAGCUGCUGCAGCAGCCCUGCGCCACCGGGAGGGUGCCGUCAGUUUGGGGCCUCGGCUCGGGGUGGGUCGGCAGCCCCUCCCCAGCCGCUUAAGGAGACCUCUCCCCUCCCCGCGAAUUGGCGGCUGUGCCUUUAAAGGAAGGGGGGCGGCGGUGCGAACAGCAGCAGCUCCUCCAGCGCUGAGCGGGAGCCUCUGUCAGGCCGGGGAUCGAGACGCAGUUUCUCCGCUGGAGACGGCGCGCAAGCGGCCAGGAGAGGCGAACGGGGAGGCGCUGCGCUGGACAGCAUAAGAGGCGAUGGCGACCGACCCGCCGCCGCCGCCGCGCCCAGUUGGAUUGCACAAGUUUGGCUCUCAGUGGCCCAUGGAAGGCAUCGACUCUGUGGAAAGCUCUGAUGAUGAAUUCUUCGAUGCACGAGAGGAGGUGGCUGAAGGGAAGAAUGCCAUUCUUCUGGGGAUGAGCCAGUGGAAUUCCAAUGACUUGGUGGAGCAGAUCGAGACAAUUGGAAAGUUGGAUGAAAAUCAAGGUGAAGACCCCACUUUUUGCUCAUCAGGUGUUCUACAGGAAAAGCAACGGGAGUUGUACAGAGCCUCCCUGAGGAAACAUCGCUAUCCUGCACAAGGCAGCAUUGAAAUCCAUGAGGACACUGAGGAAGGAAGUCAGUUGUGCAACUGCAGAACACGUGUCCUGAUUCUUGUCCUUCAUGGGGGCAACAUCCUAGAUACUGGAACAGGGGAGCCCAGCAGCAAGAUGGCUGAUGUUAACACCUUCACAUCUGUAUUUGAAAAAGUGACCCAGGCCCACUUCCCUUCCUCACUCGGCCAUAUUGUAAUCCGACUUGUUCCCUGUCCAGCUGUCUGCUCUGAAGCUUUCUCCCUCAUGGCAAACCUGAAUCCUUACAGUUAUGAUGAGACAUCUCUAAGUAGCAGUGAAGAUCACAUCCCGCUGGCUGCCUUGCCCUUGUUGGCGAUCUCUUCUCCUCAGUACCAGAAUGCAGUUGCCAUGGUGAUCAGCCGAGCCAACCAAGUUUAUAAUGAAUUUCUUGGAUCUCCUGAUGGGGCAGGCUUUAAUGGGCAGGUGUGCCUUGUGGGAGACUGUGUGGGAGGAAUGUUGGGCUUCGAUGCCAUUUGUUAUAGCACGGGACUAGCAGAUGAAAGCCAAGUCAGCAGCAGAAGAGGCAGCACCAGCAGUGUUCAGGAUAAACCUGUUUCAGCUGAAGAUUCAAAUCUAGAAGACCUCAAGCGCCUCAGCAAAAGUAAUAUUGAUAUCUCAGGAAUAAUGGAGAAUGAAGAGUCCAGACAACCAUUGCCUCGGAAGCAAAGUGAUUGCUCCAAUUAUGACUGUGAUAGCAUAACAAACCAUCAUGUUUUCCUAUCCAGCAUCCACUCAACAAUGCUGAAUGAGGAUGCAGAGUUUCCCCCAACGAACACUUCAAGCACGUUGGAUGUUAAUUUGGGGCGAUUUGAAUUUGAAGUCUCUGAUUUCUUCCUCUUUGGUUCACCCCUUGGUUUGGUGCUGGCUAUGCGGAGGACAGUCCUGCCCAGUCUGGAAGUCUGCCAAGUACAUCCAGCCUGCAGCCAAGUUUACAGCCUCUUCUACUCAGCUGACCCCUCUGCCUCCAGACUGGAGCCAUUAUUAGAGAAUAAAUUCCACCUUCUGCCUCCCUGUACUGUACCAAGAUACCAGAGGUACCCCUUAGGAGAUGGAAGAUCCCACCUCUUAGCUGAUACACUCCAGUACCAUAGCAGCCUGUUUGUUGAAGAUAGUUGUGCAAAGUCACCCUUCAUGCAAGAGACUUUGGCACUUCCAAAUGCUGUACAAGGGAAAGUGCGAAGAGGGAGCCUGGGCAGCAGCAACAGUGAGAGCUCUGGCUCAACGGAGAGCUUAUUGUCCAGCAGCAUAGCAAACAUAACUUCCAAAUGGUGGGGAGCCAAGCGAAUAGAUUACGUUUUGUACUGUCCAGAUGUCCUCACAGCCUUUCCUACGGUGGCUUUGCCACAUCUCUUCCAUGCCAGCUACUGGGAAUCAACAGACGUGGUUGCUUUCAUUCUGAGACAGGUGAUGAGGUUUGAAACCAUCAGUGUCAAGGAAAGCAACAGUUUGGAUCCGGUGACUCUCAGUCCUUCAAAUCCCCGAGAAAAAUGGCUGCGCAAAAGAACCCAAGUCAAGCUAAGGAAUGUAACUUCAAACCACAGAUCAAAUGAUAUCAUUGCUGCAGAAGAUGGCCCUCAGUUGCUAGUUGGCCGGUUCAUGUAUGGACCACUUGACAUGGUGGCUUUAACAGGAGAAAAGGUUGACAUCUUUAUCAUAACUGAACCUUCCUCUGGACGCUGGGUCUAUUUUGAUACAGAAAUCACCAAUAGUAGUGGUAGAAUCUCAUAUAACAUCCCCAAAGACAAAAGACUUGCUGUGGGUGUCUAUCCUAUUAAAAUGGUGGUCAGGGGAGAUCAGAGUAAUGCCAUAAGCUACUUGACGGUCCUUCCUCGAGGAAUGGAGUGUGUCGUCUUCAGCAUUGAUGGAUCCUUCGCUGCCAGCGUCUCCAUUAUGGGCAGUGACCCUAAAGUCAGAGCCGGAGCAGUUGAUGUUGUCAGGCAUUGGCAAGAUCUUGGCUACCUGAUCAUCUAUAUUACAGGACGUCCUGACAUGCAGAAGCAACGUGUUGUCUCCUGGCUGUCUCAGCACAAUUUCCCCCAAGGAAUGAUUUUCUUCUCUGAUGGUCUUGUCCAUGAUCCUUUAAGACAGAAAACCAUUUUUCUCCGGAAUCUUGUGCAAGAGUGCCACAUCAAAAUUUGUGCUGCAUAUGGCUCCAUGAAGGACAUUUCUGUGUAUAAUGUCCUGGGUCUUUCCCCCUCUCAGAUUUACAUUGUUGGACGACCAACAAAGAAAUAUCAGACACUGUGCCAGUUUAUCAGCGAAGGUUAUGCAGCCCACUUGGCUUCCCUGGAGUUCAGCCUCCCUUCCCGGACUAAGAAGAACAACUCCCGCAUGAUCCUAAGGAAAGGCAGCUUUGGUCUUCAUUCACAACCUGAUUUCCUGCGCAAGAGGAAUCACCUCCGGAGAACUAUGUCUGUCCAGCAGCCUGACCCACCAUCUUUGACCCCCAAGCCAGAGCGUGCCCAAAGCCAGCCUGAGUCAGAUAAAGACCACGACCGGCAUCUGCCCUCCAUAGUGUGGAUGAGAGGGGGGGUUCAUAAGUUUGAGUCUGUCCCAUAACAAGAGCUGGGAUUGUACCACCAGGCCUCUGGCAUCCUGCAAAGAGCUUGUAGGCGUUUGCUCUUUGAGUUGCACUUGGCAGCUUCAUGGUUCAAAGUGAUGGAGAGGAUUGGAAUUCACAAAGCUCUGGCAGCUUCUGUCUCCCCAGGGGAACUUUCUGUUUGUUCCUCUUGUUUGUAUCCACUCAUGAAACAUUGAAAGUAGAGAAAAUGAUUUGCCCCAACCGUAAGAGGGUGAUGCUGGACAGGCAAGUGAGCUUGUGUCUUAAUGUUUACUUUGUAACAAAAAAUGUGCAAUAAAGUGGAGUGGGGAAGCUCCAGCUUAUCUCAGUGAGAAAGGGCCUCACUGACAACCACAUCUGUUUCUCGAAAAGGCAGCCUUCUGAUGAGGCAGCAGUAACAUCUGCAGUUCUUGGGGAAAAUAAGAAACAAAGGGGGGGGGUGCCCAUAGCAGUGCACUGGGGAAUCUCUUGGGUGCCUUAAGCCCAAUAUCUUUUCAUCCAGACAGCUCUAUCACUGGCUCAUCACCAGAGUAGGUCUCAAUUUUACGUAUUUAAUAGAAGCAUCUGUAGAGGCAACACGAAUGUGGAAACCAGUGGUGAAAAAGUUGAGCCCUAGAUUGAGUGUACGAUUACUAUUUUUUAGACAUGACACCUAUCUUCUGUUGGCCACACAAUAGCAUUUUUUGCUCUUUUUGCAGAAAUCCUUAAGUUCUAAAAAAAACCUAAAGAGAUCACCUGCAUCCUUCUGCCACCACCAUCAUAACCCAUAACCCAUCAUAACUGAAGCAACCUUCACUCCUGCUGCUCACAGUGUCUUAUCCUAUGUGUUGAACGUACUAUUGAGCUUCAGGAGACAUAUUUGACUCUGUCCAUAUUCCCAAUGCUUUAAGAGAUCUGUCUGUUGCCAUUUCUGAAUAAAAUAUUUAUCUCAAAUGUUGAGAAGGCAUCAGUUUUCCAUAUGAAGGGGUCCCAUGUCAAAACCUGACAUCUCCAGCUAGGCCUGGUAAAUCCUUUAGAACUGCUGCUAGUCGAUCUAGAUGUAAAAUGAGUUAAUAGAGCAGUGAAGUGAUUCAAAAUAAGGAAGUUUAUUUUGUUCCUAUAAAUGUAUGUAUGCAUAACAUACAUACAUUUCAGAAGUCUCUCACCUCUUUCUCCCACCAUCAGAUGCAGGGUAACUAUAUAAAGUGCAGAGUAAAUGAAACUUCCAUGCAACUCUUGAGAAACAGACUGAGAACUGUGUUCUGGGCCCAAUCCACCUGACCACAGUGGAAGCUGAGCAAUCCCACUCAGCCAUAACUCUGUCACAAGAAAAUACAAUGGAAGAAUGGCAGAGGGAACGAGUCAGAAGAUGGCUAAUGACAUUGUACUACUAAAUACUGGAAUAGAGUACAAUAGCCCAUAUUUCAUAGCAGAAAUAAUAAGCAAAACAUGCCUGUCAUCAGUUCUCAGGCUUGACCAGAAAAGAUAAUAGCACGCAAGAAUCUUACUGUGAAUGGAUUGAGUUUUUUUCUUUAUUUGAAGUAUAUCAAAGAUGGAUGUUAGAAAGCAGAUGGUUCCUACAAUAAUGAAAGGAGAAUGAAAUAUGGCAAAUUGCUUCAUGGCUUAAUUGUUGUACAAUCCUGAGAUUAACUAUUUUCUUGCCUUUAAUAAUUCUGCUUUUGGUAAUACAACAGUGUACCUUUCUUAAGCUGCAGCUACAAAAUUCCUCAGAGAGUUGAUCAAGGGCUUUGUUAAAAAUUUAGUUAUCACUGUCUGAUGGCUAAUGCAAUCUUGAUUUUUCCUGUAUCUUCAAAGCCUUUUCUUCCUAUGGGCAUUUGCACCAGUUGCAUUAUUCUCCUUGCAUAAAAAUUUCUGUAGCAACUGCUCUUCACAGAUUUUGAAUCACUCUGGAAUAUACAUCUGUUUGGCAGCUGAAGACUGCUUAGUUCCAUCUAUAUCUGAUAACCUGUACUGUUAGACUCCAACCGUAUUAAAUUAUUACCAGUCUCUUAGCCUACUUUGGCUUCUCUUCCCCACGGGACAUGAUCUUUUUAAAACUAUCUGCUUCCUCAGUUCUUCCCAGACUCAGGUUGUCAGCUUGAAGUACAGAUAGAAUAUCUGAGUAAUUAUAUGAGAGGAUGACAGUCAGUGAUUAACUUCUCCAUUCUAUCAUAAUGUCAUGUCAUCAAGAACAGGGUGGACAUUUUUAACCUUUUCAGAUUUAGGUUCAUUCUGAGCUCAUCAGAUCAUUUAAUAACAUUCCUUGCUUCUUCAGAUGUUCAAAUGGUCUCUUCCUUAUUUUGCCAUCUACAAAUAGUUACCCAUUAGUUCUCCAAGACAUUAUCCAUAAAUUUGAAACUGCUUUCUGAUUGAGUGCACUGUUUAACCUUCAUGAUUUUGACAACAUGGGAGCAUAAUUCUACUGUCACUAGCCAAGUGUGCAUCACAUUGGUUUAUUUAUCUAUCAAAUGCUGAGCAGCAAAGAUGACAAGAGAAAAGAAGCAGGCAAUGUAAUUAAAACACCAACCCUCCAAGUUGACUUUGACUGAUUUUGAGUACAGAAAGGGCAGGUGUUUUCUGCUUCUCUUAUCUUACCAUUCCAAAGCUUUGAAUCUUACCACGCUGCUUCUUCAUUUUAUCUUUUGCUCCCCUGCAUAUAAAGAAUGCCUCUUUAAUCAUUCUUUUUAUUGUCUUUUUUCUGUUCUUGCAUAGGUAGUAAUAGCAUAUCUGCCAGAAUUGUUAGAUUCAUACAAUAUAUAGUUUUGAUUGCUUAUGCUGUAUAUCAUCAAGUUGGUAGGUAAGCCUAAAAUGGGUAAUCUGCGAUUAAGGCCUUUGUAAGAAUUCACCUGUUAGUUUAACAACUGGUGGGAAUUUGACCAUAAUGUUAACAUGGCUUUCUUUCAUAGUAAUGUUCAAGGUAAUCCAACUGCAUUUAGUGUUUUUAGUGAACCCAGUCAAUAAUUAGCAUCCCUUAGUCAAUCAGAUGGCAUGAGUUUAAAAACCAAAUUAGAUGUAAUCUACUGAGUAAGUUUGCUAUUUUUUUAAAAAAAGAUAGACAUAGACUGUCUUCUCCAAGCAGUUGGGGAUGCAUCUUGGGAAAUAGAGAGGCACUCUCCCUUUGUCUGCUUAUUAGUCCAGGCCUCUGGAUUAAUAUAAAUGCUUCUACACAAGUCAUAUCAAAUCUAGUUAAUGAAACAAGUUAAGGUUGAAGAAGAAUUCCCAAUCAUAUUUUGCAAAAGUGCAUCAGUCAGCAAAAUGGGUGACAUUAUUGAGAGAUUCUGCUAUUACCUGGAGAAAAAUAGAGAGUCUCCAGGGUGUUGUAGCAGAGUCCUUUAUACCAGGUAAUGCAGAGUUAAACACAUCAGCUUUAGCUCAUGUUUAUAGUAAGGAACUAUAGCCCCCAAAUUGUAAGCUUGAAUGCGGUGUAGUCCCCCAUGCUUGUAGGAAUGGGACAGCAUAAUUGCAUCUUGAUAUGUGGCAAAUCCAUAAAGUGUGCAAAUAAUUUUGUAACUGAAUUUAAAUAUAACCUGGUUUUGUACAGUGAGGUUUAUUGGCACCUGAGAGAUUUUAGCAAAACAAAUUUGUUGAUAUUCUUCAAGUACUGUUUAUUUAAAAAUAUACUCCUCUCUUAUUCAUCGCAGACCCUCACAUUUAAUAAUGCUUCUCCUUCCACUGACUUAAUUAUUGCCUCAGGAGGUACUUCCAGGUUAUUUAUGUGAUUCAUUGUAAGCCUUGCUGUCCAAAAGUGGGACAAACAAGAAUGUUCAGACAUGACAAUUAAGGGAUCUCUAUCAAAGAGCUCCUCCUUAUCUCAUUUUAGGCCUGAAGCUUUAAGACAUGGAAAUGCUGGCACUACAUAAAACCAAGAAUGUAUUGUGUUGGCUGAUAUUUUCCAUUCCUAUGUAGGCUGCACCCACAUCCUGUUACUUUUCUCUGUAGUUUUAUAGGAGAUUACCAUGUUCUUCUGAUACUUCUGAAUUCAUCCUGAAAAAUGGAAGACUUGAAAAAGCAACUAGACAACAGGUUGCUUAAACAAGGUUGUGUUAUGUUUUGUCGGAAGCAAAUAGGAUCAAUGCAUUCAGAAUGGAAAUUUGUAGGAAAACUGAAGAUUUGGACAGUUCUAAAACAGUACAAUAAAAAGGAAGGAACUCUUGUGGACUAUCUUGGAAUAGCAGUCUUGGUAUUGGAAUAAUGGAUGUUUGAACAUACUUGGGUAUUAGGACUGAUCCUAAGUUACAUCACUUUAUGGAUUUUGAAUUCAAUCUGUAAGAAACGAUCUGUUGGAUUCCCUAAAAUUACUUCCAUCUACCAGUAUGUCUCUUUCUGAAAAUAAAUAGAAAGGAGAUUCCCUUUCUCCCCAUCCAGGACUGGGACAACCUUAACAUUCUUAAAUGCCUUGUUAACAGUUCCCUUUAUGCUGCUCCCUCCUCCUAUUUAAAAACUUGUUCUUUUUUUAAAAAAAACCAGUGAAUAACAAUGGUGGCUUGUUAAAAUGUGUGUUGUUAUGAGAUGACAUGUAUAUGGUUGUGCUGUGUGUGCAUGUACACUGUGUUUCACAUCAGUGCCAUUGCUAACUUUGCAUAGCAGAAGUUAACUUUUAUAUUACAUGUUUUGUUCAAGGAUUGGCUGUUCUGUUGUAGCAUUGUGAAAAGACCUUUGACUCUGUUCUAGGUAUGAGUAACACUGUUAAUCCAAAUCUGAGCUUUCACAUUUAAGUAGCACUAAAGGAAAUGUUGGUUGGAAGCCUCUGCUGAUACUGAGAGGUGAUCAUUUUUGCUUGACCCAAAUAUUCUGUGGUGUGUCUUUUUUCUGAAGUAGUCUUUGAGUCCACUUGAAUGUUCAAAGAUAGACGUAUCUUCUCAUUCAUUGGCAUUUCCAGAUCAUUUCCUAUUUUUAUGACCUCGCUAGGUGGAAAACCACAUCAUCCAUCGCAUCAUUUGAGUGCAGCGUCUUCUGUGUUGCACCAAGGUGGGGAGGCAGGGAAAAGAAGAAUAGAAAAUGAUAUUCAAAUGGUGCUGGAUGUGAAUGUUUUGCCUGCUUUCUACACAGGGCACUUUUGCUUUGCAGGGUCUCCUUCCAAUUAGCAGAACCAUUAUUGGGAGUGGUGGAUGAUUUCUACAAAGGCAUUCUCUUGCAAAGUAAGACAAAAUGGUUUUAUAACAAUAUCAGGCAGCCAUGUAGGCUGAUUAAGGGUCAUUGAAAAUUGAGUUAAUAAAAGCUCAAUGCUGGGAGAAAUUAACUAUUUCACAUUUUUUUUCUGCUCCCACCACUUGCAUUGAUUAUUACUGUCUCCUAUAUUUGCCAAAAGAAUGAACCCUUCAGACAGCAAAAUGCUAGAUACACAGUUUCUCCUAUCCCUGUUAUAAAGCUGGAACAGAUUUGGUCCCUAAAUUUCUUCCAAAUUCUAAAGGGUUCUGCAACCUUCCAAAGAACCAGAUACCCCAGAAAGCAGGAUAAAAACCAUUUGUGCACCACAUUUGACAUCAUUUGCUAUGCAAAAUCUUUAAUAUUAAUCUGCGAAAGUAUUUAAUACUUAUAUUUGAUUUGUUUAAAUUGUCUUGGAAAGAUGACAUGCAGUUGUUGGCCUAUUAGAUUUCAUGUUAAAAUGGCCCGAAUCAAAAUAAUCUGAAGCAUUAAUAAUUCUAAAUAUUUUCAUAUUUUUAUUUUUUGAGAUGAUAUUUCCAAUGGUCAGGCCAGGUAUGUUGGUUAAUCUCUAGAUACUUUAAAUUUAUACAAAUCUUGGUUUAGUCAGUAGAGUGGUCAUAGGCACAGCUGAGCAAAAGGUACGCCCUUUGCAUAUGGAGAAAUCAAUGCUUAUUUGCCAGAUUCAAAUUUUUUUCCUGCCACUUUUCCAAGUCAACAUAUACCAGGCUGUUUUCUAAUGGCCUUGGGAGGUACAAUGACAUAAUUAUUCCUCCAGGAACUCUGGCUUCUUUCCUUAUCAGUUUUCACUCUUUACAAUCAUAAUUACAAAAUACAAAAUGGCUUUGAUCAUUUUCCAUCUAGAGAUGAAAGGCAAAAUUAGAAACCCCUUGUUUUCUGAGUUAAUUAUGAAUAUUGAUUUCAGAUCUAGUUAUCAGCUCUUCCAAAUGUGAUUUAAUCAUUGAAUUGGCUUUCUGUACUACAAAUAAGUUAAUUUCAAAGCUUUUUUAGGUUCUCAGCCCUGUGACCCAUAGACUAUGCUUUCCUGAAUUGGCUGAGAUGUUGAUUUCAAACUCUCUUAAGAUUGGUAUCAUAUUGCUCUGUAGCUCUUGGAAAACCCUAAGGGUGAGAUUUAGAGAACACUGGAAUGGUUAAAGGGUGUAAUUGGAAAUACUGAAGUGCUUCAAGGCUUAAACUUUGAAUUGCUAAAUGUAGCAAUACAGAGGAUUAUCAAGUAUAUAAUGAUGAUGGAUAGCCAGCUAAAUCUUUAUGGACGAGUCAGAGAGAGAAGGACUAUGGUAAAAAGUAAGGAAUUCUACCCUGCCUCAAAGCAACACACCAAAUUGGCCUUGUUAUUGUAUUUGGAGUUGUUUUUUGUUAAAGAAAAAACAGCUUGGAUUUGAAAGCUGCCAUAUAUUUAUACUUUUAUUUAUAUGAUUAUUUUAUUUAUAGAUCAAAUUUGGAGAUUGCCCAUCUCCUUCACAGAAUGACUUUUUAACACUGGGAUGCCAAAGAAUAUGAGCUUUGACCUGAAAAAUUGUUUGUUACAAGUCUGCAUAUGAUAAUGUGGUAUUUUGAAUUUUGGAUAAACUCCAAUAGCAGAGUGAGGGGUUGUUAGAAUAUUUUAAUCACAUACCCAUCUCCAAUGUACAGCUAUGAAUUUCUUAUAGAGAAGCUUAAAAAGAGGGGGAGGGGGAAAGUGUUAACAUUUUUUCAAAUGGUAUUUAUUUUGUUUUCAGCAAUUUUUAAAAGUUUUCUGACAUAACAUGAUUUAAUGUCAAAUAUCACACAUUCUUUGCUUUUCAGUAUAUAUCUUUUUAAAUUCUUUCUUUGAUGUGGGAGCAUUUUUUGUUGCUCGGACCCACAUUUUCUGAUGAAUUGUUUUAACACUCAGCACACCGAUGAAAUAAAGCACCAGACUUUCUUGUUUGAGACUAGUGUUUCUUACUGUGUAUUUCCACAUGUUCUACUGUGCAUCUUUGGUUCAUACACAAAAAUAAAUGUAUUCAUUCCUACUCUAUACAUAGUAGAAAAAUCCAUGACUGUACGCAAGCAGAAGAGGAAAUAAAGCAAUGUAACUUCUAAA